GUGACUUGGGCGAGAGUUCCAUCAAGUCACACGGCACUCUCACUCAGUAGUUCAUAUAAUUUGUGUAUAUGCGGUGUUUUCGCCGUGGCAGGGUGUGUUAAACCCAUAAAUUCGAACUCGUGUGUGUGCUACUUAAUGUGCUGAUAUAAAAGACCGCAGGAAGACUAUCAGAAUAAAGGUGAUCAAUUUUCGACAUCGCCAUGGCUCCAAAAUCUAUGAAUGUCCGCGUGACGACGAUGGACGCGGAACUCGAGUUCGCGAUCCAACAGACCACGACUGGAAAGCAACUCUUCGAUCAGGUGGUGAAGACCAUCGGUCUCCGGGAGGUCUGGUUCUUCGGCCUCCAGUACACCGACUCCAAAGGAGAUCUGACCUGGCUCAAGCUGUGGAAGAAGGUGAUGAGCCAAAAUGUCAAGAAAGAGAAUCCGUUGCAAUUUAAGUUCCGCGCCAAAUUUUACCCAGAGGAUGUUGCCGAAGAACUCAUUCAAGACAUUACUUUAAGAUUGUUCUACUUGCAAGUGAAGAACGCAAUCUUGUCCGACGAAAUAUACUGCCCGCCAGAAACAUCCGUGCUUCUGGCUUCCUAUGCCGUGCAGGCAAGGCAUGGAGACCACAACAAAACUGCGCAUACCCCUGGCUUCCUGGCCAACGACAGACUACUUCCUCAGAGUACUUUAGAAUCGACUUUAAGCAGAAGAGUUUUGGAUCAACAUAAAAUGUCGAAGGAGGAUUGGGAAUCGAGCAUUACCACUUGGUGGGCAGAGCACCGUGGCAUGCUGCGCGAGGAUUCCAUGAUGGAAUACCUCAAGAUCGCUCAAGAUUUAGAAAUGUACGGAGUGAACUACUUCGAUAUUCGCAACAAGAAAGGCACCGAAUUGUACUUGGGUGUUGAUGCUUUAGGUCUUAACAUUUAUGGAAAAGAUGAUAAGUUGACGCCUAAAAUUGGUUUCCCGUGGUCGGAAAUUAGGAACAUCUCCUAUAGCGAUCGCAAGUUUAUCAUCAAGCCCAUCGAUAAGAAGGCACCCGAUUUCAUGACGAUUGCUGCCAGUGUACGCAUCAACAAGAGGAUUUUGGCUCUGUGCAUGGGAAACCAUGAGCUUUACAUGAGGCGUCGUAAACCCGACACCAUUGAUGUGCAGCAAAUGAAGGCCCAGGCUAGAGAGGAGAAGCAGGCCAAGCAACAGCAAAGGGAGAAGUUGCAAUUGGAGAUCGCUGCCCGCGAGAAGGCUGAGAAGAAGCAGCAAGAGUAUGAGGAUAGGCUCAAGACCAUGCAGGAGGAGAUGGAGAGAAGUCAAGCGCACUUGCUCGAAGCUCAAGAGAUGAUCAGGAGAUUGGAGCAACAAUUGAAGGAAUUGCAAGCUGCCAAGGAAGAGUUAGAACAAAGACAGAACGAAUUGCAGAGUAUGAUGAUGCGUCUCGAAGAAAGCAAAAACAUGGAAGCAGCCGAAAGGCAGAAGUUGGAGGAUGAGAUCAUGGCGAAGCAGAUGGAGGUCAACAGAAUCAGAGAAGAAGUGGAGAUCAAGGAUACCGAAACUAAGCGGCUCCAAGAGGAGGUCGAGGAAGCCAGACGCAAGGAGGAAGAGCUCAAAGUGCAACAACUGGCAAAUGCCGCCAAGGGACAUCUCGAAGAAAACCAACACGACGAAGAUGAUGAAAUCAUCAAUGGCGAUGUUAGCAAGGAUCUGGACACCGAUGACAAUAUCGUCGACCCGAUCUUGGAUAGACGCACCCUUGCUGAAAGGAACGAACAUUUACAGGAUCAACUUUUGGCUUUGAAGCAAGAUUUGGCCCAAUCGAGAGAUGAAUCCAAAGAAACGGCAAUGGAUAGAAUACACAGAGAGAACGUUCGUCAAGGCAGGGACAAGUAUAAGACUCUUCGUGAGAUCCGCAAGGGCAACACCAAACGUCGCGUCGAUCAAUUCGAGAACAUGUAAACAGAUCGAAGACGCAAAUCAGUUCAUUAUCAACCCUAUAUACAUCAACAACAGUUUCACUCGCCAAAAAAAGCAACACCUUCAAAUCUCCUCAAACAGCUUAACUUUUUUUCACAAAGUGCUUAAAAAAGAAAGAAAGCUGCUCAGUUGAUAAUAUUUUUUUUUGAAAAAAGUACAUUUUUUAUUUCAUUGGUAUUACAGCUGUAAGAUAUGUAAGCUUGUGCUUUAAAAGUGACCUUAAGUACCAAUUAUUUUUGACUCUUAACUAUAUAGGCUUUUUAUUUUUUUUGCACGUUUUUGCUUUAUUUUUUUAUUUUUCUUAACAAACUGAAAACAGUUUUCCCCGCCGCCGUCCAAUAGAAAGAAAGAAAAA